AAAGCUUGAUUGUUUGUAAAAACAAGGAAAAUUGGAAAUGGUGGAUUAGCGUUGUAUUAACUUUUCUAUAAAUGUACAUCGGAAUAUAUUGAAUGAUGAUUUAUGUACCAAUUUUAAAUAGAAACAUACUCAAAAGCUGGAUUUACAUUGUUAAAUUUUGAACUAUAUAAUCCUAUACUCAAAAAUCAAAAUCGAAGUAAUAAUGGCUAAAGUCGAGCAACCUGUAUUCAUCCUGCCAAAGAAGCGAAAUGGAAAGAAGCCAAAUGCGGUCGCCGGUCACGUCGAUCAUAUAAUAACAGUACAGGGUGCUGGAGAAAACGAAUUGCCUUCAAAAUACAAAAAUGGUUUGUCGCCGGUUUCGGAGCAUGUAGUGAACGGCAUCAUUCAUUCGACAAUGGAAGGUCUAAAAUCUAACAUGAAAAUAAAUCUACCAAUAAUCAAUGACGUUAAUGACGAGGAAAUAAACGAAAAUAACUCCCUACCAGAUCAGCACAAGCCUCAGACACAGAAGAAUGGAUACCAGCCACUUUCGACUAUAAACAGUAGCCGUGAAAUUAUCGACUUAUCACCAAUUUAUGAGAAUUCUUCAGAUGCCUGCUCUAGCCACGGUGACUUAAGAGAAAUAAAUGACAAUGACAUACAAAGAAGCUGCAGAAUUUUGAAUUCUGAUAACAAUGAAAGCUCAUGUGCAACACCUAAUAGCUUAUCUCAAACUCAAUCAGAGAACAGCUUUGAAAUGGGUCUGCUAACGGACAGUCUCAAGAACAGCGCUAAAAGAAGAAAGCGAGUCAAUAUUGUGCCAGGCAUUGUUGAAACUGAUAAUACAGAUACAGAGAUCACAGCUCUAAGGGUUGAGUCCGAAGGGUCUAUAUCCCCUGAAUACUCAUUGUCUGAAACUAAAGAUUGUUACUUAACUAUGACAGGUACAAUUAAAAGGGGUAAAAAGAAGGGACAGAAUGUUGAUGUAAAGCUAAACAUAUCAAGAGAGGAGCUAGAAAUUAUCGAGGCAACAAUUGUUGCUGAGGAGUACAACAAAAUGGAUGUGUCAAAAUGUUCUCUGUACAAUGGGCCACAUAUAUUCUUAUUUAGCCUGUUGUGUAUUCCAUUUGUAGCAUUCAUAUCAGCAAUGUACUCAUUCUACAUGGGCACCAUGGCUUGGUACAACAUUUUUACUCAUGUAACAGAAGAUUUAAGUUGUAUCAAAAAGGUCUUAUUAGCUCCUAUAGUGAUACUGUCAUAUCCAUUUUUGAUAGCAAUCUUUACUCUAGGUCUCGGGCUAUAUGCGGGGAUAGCGCAACUUACAUUCAGUGGUGCCAACUGGUGGAAGGAUGUAUGCGAUUUUGAGAAAGGUUUCUAUGGUUGGCUCUGUAAUACUCUAGGUAUGUCUGAAUGCAGCCCGUAUGAAGUUGUAGUUUUAAUGGAUGUAAAACAGUAA